UCAUUUCCAAAUGCUUUGAACCAGGAGCCGAAGGUCGAAGCCCCUGACUUUGCCCAGGCAUGGCAGACCACCUGGAGCUGCUGGCAGAGAUGCCAGCGGUGGCCCGGAUGGGCACCCAGGAGCGGCUGAAGCAUGCCCAGAAGCGCCGCACCCAGCAGCUGAAGAAGUGGGCGCAGUUUGAGAAGGACGGGCAGGGCAAGAAGGCCAAAGGGCAGAAGAAGAGGCGGAGGGCCACCCAGGACAGGAAGGUCGUCUUCCCCGAAAACGUCCGGCUUCUGGAGGCUGCCAGCCGCAACGAUGUGGAGGAAGUGCUGCAUUGACGACUACGGGGUGAUGGUGGGGCUGCUGCUGGAAGCCGGGGCCGACGUCAACGCCUGCGACAGCGAGCUCUGGACCCCCCUGCACGCAGCCGCCACCUGCGGGCACCUGCACCUGGUGGAGCUGCUCAUUCAGAGGGGGGCCAACCUGCUUGCCGUCAACUCGGAUGGGAACAUGCCCUACGACCUCUGUGAGGAUGAGCCCACGCUGGACUUCCUGGAAGUGGCCAUGGCGGACCGAGAGAUCACCCAGGCCACCAUUGAGGAGGCUCGCUCAGCCGUGGAGGCCUCCAUGGUGAAGGACAUCCGCCGGCUGGUGAAGGAAGGAGUCAAUCUGGACACCCCUCUGGACCACAAGGCCACCCUG